AUGGCAGGGCUACAGCAGAACGGUACGCCCACGCUUCGGCUCAGCUACGAGCAGCUACGGAAAACGUUGGGACACUUUGAGUACUUCAAAUACUGGACCGAUGAACAGAUCCGAGAGUGCUGCAUACUGGCCCGUGUGGAACAGUUCGCCCCGCAGCAGACGAUCCUGCUCGACCGGGAGCCACCCUGUGCGCACCUCGUGCUGAGCGGCCAGUGCAUGCUGUUACAGUGCCUGCAGAUGCUGCGUGUGACGGUGGGCUCACGGGCCACGUUUCAGCUGGUGGUGCUACCAGAAACACCCCUAGUCGAGGUCCGGGACGAAUCUCCGGACGAGCUGGUUCGCUGGCACGAAACGUUCCGCCAACGGUCCGACGCCUUCGAUGAAGUGCCCGGGAGCGAGCCAGACUACGAACCAAACCAUGCCGUAUCGUUUCUACGCACGCCACCACCGCAGGAGCAACAGAUCGUGCAUCACUUUCUGGACGUCGGCACACUGCGGUCCGGGGCCGUGUUCGGGAUCGGCGAGCGCUUCCAGCACCGCCGGGUCGUAGCCCGCACCCGUACGCAGUGUUUGCUGAUACCGCGCCGUUGGCUGCUGCUGAAGCACCAGAACAUCGGCAACACCUGGCACCGGUUGCGGAUGUACCUGGACGAGUCGAUACCGAGCCGGCACGAGCUGUUCCAGAGGUUCCUGCGAAACCGCGCCUGGGAGCGGUACCGGCGGCGGUUGGUACGGGAAGCGCCGAAGCGCCCCAGUCACACUCGACCGGCCGACGUGCCGGUUAUGUGUCGGAUCGCGCAAUCUCAGGCGCUUCCGGUGCUGGUGAAGCAGUCGCCAUCGUCCGGACCCUGCUGA